AUGGCGAGCACUAAGACGAUGCUGCAGCUGCAGGAGAGGGUCCGGCUCCCCCGCACGGCGUGGAAGCUGGCUGACCUCGCCGUUCUCUUCCUGCUCCUGGCCCUCCUCGCUCGCCGUGCGUCCUCGCUGGUGGCGGCGGGCUGCGCGGCGCCGGCGUGCACGUGGUGCUGGGUCGCCGCGCUCAUCUGCGAGGCGUGGUUCACGGUGGUGUGGCUCAUCAACAUAAACGCCAAGUGGAACCCGGUCCGCUUCGACACGCACCCUGAACGCCUAGCCCAACGGACGAGCGACGACGAGCUGCCGGCGGUGGACAUGUUCGUGACGACGGCGGACCCGAAGCUGGAGCCGCCGCUGGUGACGAUGAACACGGUGCUGUCGCUGCUGGCGCUGGACUACCCAGCGGGCAAGCUGACGUGCUACGUCUCCGACGACGGAUGCUCGGCGGUGACCUGCUACGGGCUGCGCGAGGCCGCCGAGUUCGCCAAGCUCUGGGUGCCCUUCUGCAAGAAGUACGGUGUCGGGGUCCGUGCCCCCUUCGUGUACUUCUCCUCCGGCGCUGCGGGAGCCGCCGCCGACGCCGAGUUCUUGCGCGCUUGGACACUCAUGAAGAACGAGUACGAGGAGUUGGUCCGCCGGAUCGAGAACGCCGAAGAGGACUCUCUAGUCCGGCGCGGCGACGGCGAGUUCACCGAAUUCGUGGGUGCUGACCGCAGGAACCACCCGACCAUAAUCAAGGUGCUCCGGGACAGCAGCAGCAAGAGCAAGAGCAAUCAGGCUGCAGACGAUGGAAUCCCCAGCCUCAUAUACGUCUCGAGGGAGAAGAGCCCCACACAGCACCACCACUUCAAGGCCGGCGCCAUGAACGUCCUGACGAGGGUGUCCGGCGUGGUGACCAACUCUCCCAUCAUGCUAAACGUGGACUGCGACAUGUUUGCCAACAACCCGCAGGUCGCCCUCCACGCCAUGUGCCUCCUCCUGGGCUUCGACGACGACGUCCACAGCGGCUUCGUUCAGGCGCCGCAGAAGUUCUAUGGCGCCCUCAACGACGAUCCUUUUGGCAACCAGAUGCAGGUUAUUUUCGAGAAAAUUGGAUACGGAGUUGCCGGACUUCAAGGCCUAUUUUACUGUGGGACGGGUUGCUUUCACCGUAGGAAAGUCAUGUACGGCGUGCCACCAGACUCCGCCACCACCACCAGCACGAAAGAUUCACCAUCUUACAAGGAGCUACAGAACAAGUUUGGCGGAUCGAAUGAACUGAUCGAGUCGGCGAGGAGCAUCAUUUCCGGCGACAUGUUCAAAUCGCCAACGACUGUGGUGGCAGAUCUGACGAAUCGUGUCGAAGCAGCGAAACAAGUUUCUGCCUGCAGCUUCGAGACUGGCACAAGCUGGGGUCAGGAGGUUGGCUGGGUCUACGGGUCCAUGACCGAGGACGUCCUGACGGGUCAGCGCAUCCACGCCGCCGGCUGGAGGUCGGCGAUCCUGAACCCCGACCCGCCGGCGUUCCUUGGUGGCGCGCCCACCGGCGGGCCGGCCAGCCUCUCCCAGUACAAGAGAUGGGCGACGGGCUUGCUGGAGAUACUCCUCAGCCGCCAUAACCCGGUCCUCCUCUCCGCGUUCAAGCGCCUCGAUUUCCGGCAGUGCGUCGCCUACCUAGUCAUCGACGUGUGGCCCGUCAGGGCACCCUUUGAGCUGUGCUAUGCAUUGUUAGCACCUUACUGCCUCAUUGCGAAUCGCUCCUUCUUGCCAAAGUCGUCAGAGCCGGGUUUCGUCAUCCCGCUGGCGCUGUUCCUAGCCUACAACGCGUACAACCUGGGCGAGUACAAGGACUGCCGGUUAUCGGCGCGCGCCUGGUGGAACAACCACAGGAUGCAGCGGAUCGUGUCGGCGUCCGCCUGGCUGCUCGCCUUCCUCACCGUGGUCCUCAAGACGGUCGGCCUCUCGGAGACGGUGUUCGAGGUGACGCGCAAGGAGCAGCAGAGCUCGUCCGACGGAGACGCUGGCGAUGGCGCGGACGACGCCGAUCCGGGGCGGUUCACCUUCGACUCGUCGCCGGUGUUCGUCCCGCCGACGGCGCUCGCGAUGCUGAGUAUCGUCGCCGUCGCCGUCGGAGCGUGGAGGGUGGUCGCCGGUGCGGUGCCCGCCGCCGGUGGCCCGGGCGCCGGGGAGCUCGUGUGCUGUGGAUGGCUGGUGCUCUGCUUCUGGCCGUUCGUGAGGGGGCUCGUCGGCAAGGGAAGCUACGGCAUCCCCUGGAGCGUCAGGCUCAAGGCUGCUCUGCUCGUCGCCGCGUUCGCGCACCUGUGCACACGCAACUAA